AUAAGAAAAAAUAUGACAGAAGUCAGAGAAAAGCAAGUGCAAGUGAUUUUCAAGAAGUCAGAAAAAACAAGUGCAGAUGAUUUUGAAGUUCAGGAUUUUCUCAAGAAGAAGAAGAAAAAAAGAAAGCACAAAGAAUACAGUGAGAAACAUGAAAAUGAUGAAAGUAUACAAAAUGUAGAGCUUGACCGUGCUUCUCCACUGCUGUUUGAGGAUCGAGUAGUACAGAGUGGUGAAGGCUGUAAAAAGAAGAAAAAAACAAAAAACAAGAGGGAGAAGCAAGAGUCUUUGUUAGAUAAUUCUUGCGUAGGACUGGAACUUGAAACUAGUACUGAAACUGGAGUGGAUGCUUCCGAAAAGAAAAAGAAAAAGAAAAAAAAAAAGCGGAAAUAUAAUGAUAGUACAGAUGAGCAAAAUGAUGUCGCAGUAAGUCUGCAUAGCACCGAUAAUUGUCAGGAGAUUGAUGCUGAUUACGUUUCUUUAAAACAAUCUGUUAAGAAGAAAAGAAAAGAAAAAUUGCCUGAAGAGGAUGAGGUACCUGAGCUGCCUACCUCAGAAACGCACGAUACAAACGACAAUAAAAGAUCAAAGAAGAAGAAGAAGAAAAGAAGCAGCAGUACCCAGGGUAAGAAGAAAAAGAAAAGAGGCAGCAGUACCCAGGGUAUGCAGGAAGACAUCGAUGUCACUGUUGACCAGUCACUAGUGUCGUCUCCAGAGAGAAACCAGCCAGGGGAAGACACAGUCUUGUCAUUACCAACAGAAGAGGGUGGUGCAGCAACACCCCAGCAAUGGCUUGAAGAUGGUGAGGGUGUUCCUGCUCCUGCCACGAGUGAAGAUUCUACGGAUGUACCUGCUAAUUUUUCUAAGCCAACUAAAGCAGCUGAUCGAUUGCCUCAAAAAACGCCGGUGCGUGCUAGAAAGGCGAAAAAAAGCAAGGCUUUUGUCACGGAAGAAAGCUCUUCAGAAUCUGAUGUAAUGACACCAGAACCUUCUGCAUCAAAUAGAAAUAAGGACCAGGAUAGUUCUGUUGCUGAAACUGCAGCCUCUGAUGAGCUUAGUCUGGAUGAUGAAGAGUACCUGGACUAUACCGUGUGUCCAGUUGUGGAUUUGGAUACUGCAAGACAAGAAUUGGAAGAGUUUAUUCCUCAUGUGAGGAGUAUAUCGGACAGUUCAAUCAGGAAAAUGGCUGGAAGAGACCUAACGAGGUUUAAACAGUUUAAAAAAAAGGGUAUUGCUGUCAAGUUUGGCAGAUUUUCCCAGAAGGAAAAUGAUCAGAUCCGGAAAAAUAUUGAAGAGUUCUUAUCUAUAACUGGAAUAGACAGUCCUGAAAAACUCCUGUUUACCUCGAGGUAUCCGGAAGAUAAAGAAAGUAUCAGUCGCCUAAAAGCAGAACAUCUUUUUUGUGAAAAACUUUCUGAGGGCAUACCGCGACCCUGGAGGCUGAUAUAUUACCGAGCAAGGAAGAUGUUUGACCCAAAUAAUUAUAAAGGGAGGUAUACUAAGGAAGAAAAAGAAAAAUUAAAGAAGUACCAUGCUAUGCAUGGCAAUGAUUGGAAGAAGAUUUCUGAGAUGAUGUCCCGUUCUAACCUCUCAGUUGCUAUGAAAUACUCUGAAAUCAAGUCAGCUAUUAAUUAUGGUCCUUGGUCAAAGGAAGAGACCCAGAAGUUAAUGCAUGCUAUGGAAGAGGUGAUUAGGAAAAGAGCGGAAGCGGAAGAUGCAAAUUCUCUUUCAUCAUCAGAAAAGUCAAACAGAGAUCUCUUGAUCGACCGAGAGAAACUGUACCAGAAGUUACCAUGGACUGAGAUUGAAGCUAAAGUGGGAACUCGAUAUUGGAGACAGUGUAAACAGAAAUGGACUACAAUUCUAACAAACAAGAUGACCAAAGGGCAGCAGUUAUAUAGGGGGACCAAAGGAUUACAGGCUAAGAUCAAUCUUAUUAAAAGGCUGUAUGAAAUGAAAGUGGAGGAUGCUAAUGAAGUAAACUGGGAAGAGCUCAGUAAUACUAUUGGAGAUGUCCCUAAAGCCUAUGUUCAAGCAAAAUUUUAUAAGCUAAAAGUCUCCUGUGUUCCUUUUUGGCAAAAAAAGACUUUCUCUGAAAUUAUCGAUUAUCUUUUUGAAAAGAAACUUCCAGAACUUGAAGAAAAGUUAGAAAAAAGCAAGGGGAAACAGCUGAGUUCUGACAAUUCAACAGCUGUGGAACAGAAGAAGGCUUUCAGACUUAGUGACAUCUUUGACUCCAGUGAAGAGAGUGAUUGA